AUGGGGUCGGAAAAGAAGGACGGGCCCUUCGUAGGCCCCUCCGACGCACGCAUGCCUUCGCUUGCGGCCAUGGACCGCUUCCACUGGACCCGCUCUCCACGCCCUCAGUAUUCCCCGACAUCGUCCCCGGACCCGGCCUCGACUUCGAAGGACGUAUCGUCCGAUAUGUCCAUGUCCUGCGUCACCCGCGGAACCUCCCGGGAUGAUUGCUCCUAUUCGCGGUUUCUGGCGUGGGCUGCCAUCCAGCGCAAUUCCUCUCGCUUCAUGAGCUCCAGCGACAAGUUGUCAUGCCCCCUGAUAAGAUGCAGGAAGCAGUUGCCGGACCAUGAGAGCAUGCUGAAGCACCUUGCCUCGUGCCCUCAGCUGCCCACCCGAGAGUACUGGUGCUACGACCACAUGCGAGUCGAACACUUCGACGAUGCGAAAUGCAGGCGCUGUAUCAGCCAUCCCUCAAGGAGACGGAGGAUGCUUUCAAUGGCCAAGGGCUUCUUUUCGACCCUGGGCCACAAGUCGAAACGCGCUUCAGAACUCGACUUCGAUGUUGAGGACUCCACUGCGGUAGCACCACCGAGUUAUUUUGAAUCGCUGAACUUUGAUCCGCCGGCCGAGCCAGAAUUGUCGUCAACCGAAAUCCUAGAAAUCGAUUCAACCGAGGUCGUGGUCCCGCAGGCUCCAGCCGAUGUUGGGCAUAUCAUCGCACCAAACGCCCUGGAACUGGACGCUAAUACCACAAUACCUGCGCAGUCGGCGAUGGAUUGGCAACCAGCGCUCUGGAACGUUUCGCAACCGAGCACCAAGUUCACCUCUGCCGUUCCAUCGUAUGAAAGCCUAUCUGCCAAACAGCCAGCUUCAUAUUCACAGGACGCCUCGCAGUACGGCCAGCCGAGCACGCGGCCAGUUCCAGCUGCUUCGCGAAGCAAGCAUCUCUCGCCCAGCUCGUCUGUGAGGUCCACAACUAGCACGAUGAGUAACGUCAGCAACAUCAGCUCCAUCACAACGGCUUCGUCCUUAUGGAGUACUCCGUCAACUGCCUGGUCGGGCUUCGAGACAAACUUGACAUCUCCGCCCACGGGACUAAUCAGUCCCGUUGAUAUGUGUCCUGACGAUGGGUUCCAUGAUCUGAUCAAGCAAUGUCCAUCUGAUCCACUGGGCAUGCUCCCAGAGUUACCAGAACUUGAGGCUGACAUCCCAGCUAUGCCUGAGCUGUCGUCUGGCGACUUCUUCUCUUUCGAUACUGAAAUGACCAAGCUAUCCUACCCGGACAACUUUGUGCUUGAGGAAGAGACAGUCGAGCCACUGGCGGUUCAUUCAAAGGAGCCCGAAGGUCCAGCUCUUCUUCAAUCCGAGACAAGGUCCCUCGUUGCUUCUGCAUGGGAUGCUCUACAAGAGCACAUUGUCUCCUCCGCAGACAAAAUCCAACACAUUCAAAACAACCCUUUGGCUGAUCAGCUGAAAUUACUCUCAGCCAAGACCAUUGCGCAAAGAGGUUUCGCGAGUCUGCGCAGCAUCUUGGAGUCCCGUCCGCCCACGUCCCCAUUGGACACGCUAUGCUUGCUUCACGUCAUCUACAGUUUCGCUCUUGUGGUGUACGCAGACGAUGCGGCACCUCGAUCCAGCGAUUUCUUUGCUCAGUCAUUACUUUAUUCGACUUGGUUCACGCCGGAGAGCCAAAAGUCUUAUCGGCAGGUGGUGCAGGCAAUUUGGCAGCCAGGUGAAAUGACCACUGCACAGUUGGAACGACUCAAAGCGACCCAGGCUUUGCACACAAGUUCGUCACGCAGUGUGAAGGGCAAGGAGCGGGCGACGAGACCGUCCGGCAGUGUCUCUGAACCUCCGGACCCUCUUGUUACGACGGCGCUGCACUUUUUAGACGAACUGGAGAUUUCAGCUGUACUUGGUCCCUCGUCCGAAUCCCUGGCUUCUGAUCUUCGUGCAAGACAUUCACAGGACAACACCGACAUGACCCAAGUUGGCGGUCCGGUUGCUGAGAAUGUCGCUGGCCUGAUAAAUGCAUUGAGUAUCCUCGUCAACCAUUACCAUGAGGUGGAUGGCCUGAUUGCCGAGUUGAGCAACGUAAACCAGAGCAUCAGCGAUGGCCGAAUUCUCUCAACCCGCCGGUUCGAGCUAGAAGCACUUCAGGCCGGACAGAGUUGCAUCAUCCCCGUUCAAUACUUUGACAACUUUGUCCCAAUGGUUCGCAGCCUUUGCAAUCCUAUCUACGAACUUGACAGCAACCCAGGGGCUCCUCAGCGCCACCAUUACUACACGCUCAGCAUGGCAUUAAGUGAGGCUCUUAUCGUGGAGCUGGACGCAGCGCCAUUGGAUACUGGUGGAAUUUCUGAACUCGAGUCUGACGAUGACGCCCUCUUCGACUGUCUGCUUGACUCUCUGACUCCCAGUUUGACGGAUGACUUCAUUAUGGACAUGGACAUGGACAUUGAAACGCAACCUUUGUUAAGCUUGGAACGAACAGAAGAUUCGAAGCCGCUCACCGUCGAAACGACUACACACAACUCUACACCUUCGGAAGGCAACACAACGGCUUCGAGUACUGAAAGCCCGUCUAGCUCUAGCCUUCAAGUCAAGAACGCUCUUCAGACGCCGGUGUCCCCUACCUCGCCACCGCAGCAAAAGCCCGAAAUGGCAGAUGCAUGCUGUGAACUCUGUGGCUACCGACCAAAAGGAGACCCUAGGUGGUUCCACGGUUCCAUGGCCAAGCACAAGAAGACGCAGCACUCGACAGAGCCGCCCAAGAUCUACAAGUGCCCGUACCCAGGAUGCACCAGUGCCUACAAGAAUCGGCCGGACAACCUGAGACAACACCAGAUAGAGAAGAACCACUUCUUGGAAGGCCAUGACGGCACAAGUCGGAGGCCGAGCAAGAGAAAGAAGAUGGCAUCGUGA